AGGGCUCCAAGCCACAAAACCGCCCACGCGAGGCGAGGCGAGACGAGACACGAAUCCGCCGCUCCCGACGCAGCAACGCCGUCGCCGUCGCCGCCGGAAUAGAGCAGGAGGAGCGCUCGCGGGAGCACCUCCACCCACCCGUUUGGGUUCCCUCGGCAGACCGAGUGACAUGUCCCCCUCGCCGCUGCUCGUCCGGCCGCCGGCGCCGGCGCCGGCGAGCCCGUCCCUGCCGCCUCGCCGGUGCGCUCCGGCCGUAGCCUCUCCGGCGCUCCGCGUGGCUCCGUCCAGCGCCUCUGCAGCCCCAUUCUCCAGGCUGCUCACCAGGCGCAAUUUUGCUGCGUCUGAUAUUAGAGAGGACUACUCCUCCACUCCAAUUGAUGUCGUUGCCGAUGUAAAAACCGAGAAGAUUGUGGUGUUGGGAGGGAGUGGAUUUGUUGGCUCUGCUAUUUGCAAAGCUGCUGUCUCUAAGGGCAUUGAGGUUGUGAGCCUUAGCAGGUCAGGAAGACCAUCUUACUCUGAUCCAUGGGUUGAUCAAGUUACUUGGCUAGCAGGAGAUGUUUUCUAUGCAAGAUGGGAUGAAGUGUUGGUCGGUGCUACUGCUGUUGUGUCUACUCUUGGUGGGUUUGGUAAUGAAGAACAGAUGAAAAGGAUAAAUGGUGAGGCAAAUGUAACAGCAGUAGAUGCUGCAAAAGAAUUUGGCAUCCCCAAAUUCAUUUUAAUUUCUGUUCAUGAUUACAAUCUUCCAUCCUUUCUUCUUAACUCGGGUUACUUCACUGGUAAGAGAAAGGCUGAAUCUGAAGUGCUCUCCAAAUACCCAACCUCAGGUGUUGUAUUGAGGCCUGGUUUCAUUUAUGGUAAAAGGAAAGUUGAUGGCUUUGAGAUACCACUCGAUGUUGUAGGACAGCCAUUAGAAAAACUACUUUCCUCUGUUGAAAAUUUCACAAAACCGUUGAGUUCUUUGCCAGCUUCUGACCUACUCCUUGCACCCCCAGUGAGUGUGGAUGAUGUUGCCUAUGCUGUGAUCAAUGGAGUCAUAGAUGACAGCUUCUUUGGUGUCUUCACAAUUGAGCAAAUUAAGGAAGCCGCGACGAAAGUAAGAGUGUGAGCUGGGAGUCUUCCUUGCACAGGUGGAAGAUUUCCAAACCUGCGGAUCCUUAUUAAGUGAUAUCUCAGUGUUUUCUUGCAGUCUUAGAUCAUACAUUCAAUGGUUACAAUUAAGUCCAAACACUGUACAGUAUAUGAAUAAGAAUGUAGUAGUUGUUCCCUCCAAUCAGAGAAGGCAUUGAUGGCAAA